AUGUCCCGGGUCCUGCGGAUGCUCCGGUCACGGCGCAAUGUCUUCACCCUUGGUCGACAGGUCAACGGUGGUGCUGCAGAGCCCGUGGCAGACCCUUCAGUCGUCCGGAUACAGCACGUCAGAUUCAAGCGCAAAGUCUUUAGGCCAUGGAACGUCGCCGGCGCCGGCCUCAUGGUCUUCUUCUGCUACCACAUCUACAAAGGGGCCAUCUGGGGACCUCUCGACAAAUUCCUCGAUGACGAGCUGGCCAGCAUGAGUGCCGAGGAGCGGAGGGAACUGGCAGGCGUUGACAAGAAUGGUCGCAAGGUCAAGAACACAGAAGAUAUACUAUCGAUACCACUACCUUUCACCACGAGGAUGGUCAAGCAGCCGCCGUACGCGGGCAACAGUCCAGAGUGGAAAGCGUUCGUCAAACUCAGCAAGGACAACGAACUGCGCGCAAAGAUAGAAAAUGACGUCUGCAAUGUUGUACAGCGCCUGCUCCAGAACUCGACGUUCCUCACGAACCGCCUUGGCAAGGAGAUGCGCGUGUCUCGCAAGAUGCUGACGUUCAACUACCCCAACCGACCGCCGUCGGUCUUCAUGCGCAAGAAUAUCGUGGUUGAUGACGCCACCAUCUCGAUCACCGAGAAGCCAGUACAUCCAUGGGUGCAGACCCGGAUCAUGCAAGCCCUCUGGCCGUCCGCUCUGGCCGUGUCGCUGUGGACGUUUUCGGGCGCCCUCGUCAAGCAGAACAUGGACUCAGCGGCGCGGCUCCUCGGGAUCGAGCAGUCGGGCCUGUCGAGCUCGAAUGUCAGCCUGGCCGUCGAGCAAGUCGACCGCAAACUGAAGGAGAUUGCCAGCUCCAAGACAUUUUCCUCGCCAAACUUCCCGCCAACACCGGGGUCCAAGCCGGAAGGCACAGCCAACGGCGGCCUGCCCAGCAACACGAGUUCCGCCUCCCGCGAGAAGUCGACGGAACCCACAACAGCGAGUGUGGACCGGCCACUGCCGUCCGACCCGAGCGCGCUCAGCGACAAGAUGCUCAGCGCCAAGGACUUAUACCUGAUCAAGGUGACGCAGGAACAUACCAGCGGGCCGUGGCAGAAGUUCAAGCAGAGCCUGGGCCUGCACUGGAAGCCGAAGCAGACGUGCCUUCCGCAGCCUGGAAGUAUAGCCAUCACGGGGCUUGUCAGCUUUGAGGCGCCCCAUGCCUACAUCACGUGCGAGGUCAAGAUAUGGUACAAUGCCGUGAGCAAGGCCUACGAGAUGCGAUCAAGCACGGUACGGGUCAAGGAGAUCCAGCCGAAGAGACAGGUACCACUGAUGAAGUGA